CGAAGGGAAGCGCAAGUGCAUAAAGCCACAGGUCCAUCAGCUGAGGCACGCAGCUACGUCAAAACGAGAGGAAACACGGCGCUGAACCACGAGGACGCAUUUUUGCACAGAUAGAGACAAAUUUCAAGACACACAUUUUUGGACCCUGAAAGAAGCUAAAUUACACCCGGAGAGGGCUGUCACACCCUCACACUUGUCACGUGCCACUACUCCUGUGCUACAAGGCAAGGUGGCCACACACAAUGGCAGAUAACCUGGGAUAAAUCACAAGAAAGCUCCAGAAUAACAUCUAAGACUGAACUUUUUGUAUGUAUUACAGUUAUAAAAUAAUUUGAACUAUGGCGUCCGAAACCUUGACCUCAAAUGGCAGCCGUCCGUCAGUUAAGUCAGAAGGCUCAGGCGAGUCCAUGAAGCUGAAGAAGGAGAUUUCUCUGUUAAACGGUGUCUGUCUCAUUGUGGGGAACAUGAUUGGCUCAGGCAUUUUUGUCUCCCCAAAAGGCGUCUUGAUCCACAGUGCGUCCUACGGCCUCUCCCUGGUGGUAUGGACCAUUGGGGGUAUCUUUUCUGUAUUUGGGGCUUUGUGCUAUGCAGAGUUGGGCACCACCAUUACCAAAUCUGGUGCUUCCUACGCCUAUAUAUUAGAGGCUUUUGGGGGUUUCCUUGCCUUCAUCCGAUUGUGGACUUCACUGUUGAUCAUUGAACCCACCAGUCAGGCGGUCAUUGCCAUCACCUUCUCAAACUACAUGGUGCAGCCCAUCUUCCCCACCUGUAUAGCACCUUACCUCGCAAACAGGCUCCUGGCAGCGGCUUGUAUCUGUUUGCUGACCUUUGUCAACUGUGCAUACGUGAAAUGGGGUACCAGAGUUCAAGACUUCUUUACAUACGCCAAAGUUAUAGCUCUAAUUGCUGUCAUCAUCACAGGCCUGGUCAUGAUUGGACAAGGUCACACACAGAACUUCGAGGGGCUCUUUGAUGGCUCGUCCCAGGACCCCGGGGGAAUUGCUCUGGCCUUAUACUCUGCACUCUUUUCUUACUCUGGUUGGGACACGCUCAAUUUUGUCACAGAGGAGAUCAAGAACCCAGAGAGAAAUCUACCUCUGGCCAUUGCCAUUUCCAUGCCCAUUGUGACUGUGAUCUACAUCUUGACCAACGUGGCUUAUUACACCGUACUCCCCAUGAACUCUAUCUUGGACAGUGAUGCAGUAGCAGUGACAUUUGCAGACAAAGUGUUCGGUGUCAUGAACUGGACUAUUCCUUUAGCUGUGGCUCUGUCCUGCUUUGGUGGACUCAAUGCUUCAAUUUUGGCAUCUUCCAGGCUGUUCUUUGUGGGCUCAAGAGAAGGUCAUCUACCAGACUACUUGUGCAUGAUCCAUGUUCAUCGCUACACUCCAAUCCCUGCUCUGCUAUUUAAUGGAGUCAUGGCUUUGAUAUACUUAUGUGUGGAAGAUGUCUUUAGGCUCAUUAACUACUACAGCUUCAGCUAUUGGUUCUUUGUGGGGCUUUCAAUUUUGGGACAGCUAUAUCUGCGCUGGAAGCAACCAGACCGCAAAAGACCAUUAAAGCUCAGUCUGUUCUAUCCAAUUAUCUUCUGCCUCCUGACCAUCUUCUUGGUCGUGGUGCCUCUUUACAGCGACACAAUCAACUCUCUUAUUGGUAUUGGCAUCGCUCUGUCAGGGGUCCCAGUUUACUUCCUCUGCUGCUACACUCCAGCCCACAAGAGGCCACUUUGGAUAAGAAAAUUCAUAGCUAAAUCUGGCAUCCUGAUUCAGAAGGUGUGCUUCUCUGUUUUGACUGAAAUGGAUAAAGAAGAAUAGGACAUAACAGUGGCUGAAUACACAUGAAAGUUGGCCUUUCUCUCUUCAUUCCUCACCUGAUGAUAAAUAUCGCUGAGUGCACAAGCUGGACUUAUAAAGACAAAAGAUUUUGUCACUGUGUUGUACAUAUUAAUAGAAUUUAUUUAAUUGACAACACACAUUUAGUAUUUUAUGUAAUUAAACCUAGAAAUAUGUUAAUUUUACCUGAAAAACACAUGACAAUGGACCUCAUGUACAACUAAUGGCACUGCUAUUUUCAUAUGUGAACAAAGGGCUAUUUUGUACAACACAAUACGUUUUUUUCACACAAGAAUUGUUGUGAAUAUUACAUUAGACUUUUCUGCUGAAAAAUAUUUAUAAUAAAUAACUUUAAC